GCAGGGCCAUGGCAGCAGGCGGCCGGCAGGCCGGGCCCAUGCCGGACCUCGGGCGCUAUGUGCUGUCCCGGCCCAUAUACAGCGAGGCGGCCUUUCAGGAGGAGAACGAGAAGAGAGCGCACCUGCGGCCGACCCUGCGCGAGCGAGUCCAGGGAGCCUGCAGCUGUUCAAGAAAAAAGGCCUUUCAGAUAACCAAGUCCUUUCUCCCUGUCCUGGAAUGGCUACCUAAGUACAGAGUAAAGGAAUGGCUAGUUAGUGAUAUCAUCUCUGGUGUCAGUACGGGGCUUGUAGCUACUUUACAAGGUUUGGCAUUUGCUUUACUGGUUGCAGUUCCUCUUGGAUAUGGUCUCUACUCUGCGUUUUUUCCCCUCCUGACAUAUUUCUUCUUGGGAACAUCAAGGCACCUCUCAGUUGGACCUUUCCCUGUGGUCAGUUUGAUGGUGGGAUCUGUUGUGCUGAGCAUGGCACCUGAUGACAAGUUCCACAUAAUGAGCAGUAAUGCUACAGGGCUUAACAAAACGCUGAUAGACACUGUAUCCAGAGAUGCUCAGAGAGUAGUGAUUGCCAGUACCCUCACAUUUCUGGUUGGAAUUAUACAGCUUGUGUUUGGAGCGCUUCAGAUCGGUUUCAUUGUGAGGUACCUUGCAGAUCCCCUGGUUGGAGGAUUCACAACUGCAGCUGCUUUUCAAGUUUUUGUUUCACAACUGAAAAUAGUCUUAAAUGUUUCAACCAAAAAUUAUAAUGGGAUCCUUUCCAUAAUAUAUACCCUCAUCGAAAUAUUUCAAAGAAUUGGUACCACCAACAUUGCAGAUCUCAUUGCUGGGCUACUCACCAUUUUUAUUUGUAUGGUAGUUAAAGAAAUAAAUGAUCGAUUCAAACACAAGAUCCCUGUUCCUAUUCCUAUAGAAGUAAUUGUGACAAUAGUAGCCACAGGGAUCUCAUACGCUGCUGACCUGGAAAAAAAGUACAAUGCAGGCAUUGUUAAAACCAUUCCUAGAGGGUUUUUGCCUCCUGAGCCUCCAGCUGUCAGUAUGUUUUCAGAAAUGAUAGCAGCCGCAUUUUCCAUUGCUGUGGUCGCUUAUGCUAUCGCUGUGUCUGUGGCAAAAGUCUAUGCAACGAAACAUGACUAUCCUAUUGAUGGAAACCAGGAAUUUAUUGCCUAUGGGAUCAGCAAUGUGUUUGCAGGAGCUUUCUCUUGUUUUGUUGCUACCACCGCUCUAUCACGUACUGCUGUCCAGGAAAGCACUGGUGGCAAAACCCAGGUUGCUAGCAUAAUCUCAGCAGGGAUUGUACUGAUUGCCAUUGUGGCUCUGGGGAAACUGCUAGAGCCCUUACAGAAGUCUGUGUUGGCAGCUGUUGUCAUUGCCAACUUGAAAGGGAUGUUCAUGCAGGUGUUUGAUGUUCCUCGUUUGUGGAGGCAGAAUAAGGCGGAUGCUAUGAUCUGGAUUUUCACAUGUGUGGCAUCCAUCAUUCUGGGUCUUGAUUUGGGAUUACUUGCUGGCCUUGUGUUCGGAUUACUGACAGUUGUGGUGAGAGUUCAGUUUCCCUCGUGGGGUGGCCUUGGGAACGUUCCUGGCACAGACCUCUACAAGAAUGUCAAGAACUACAAAACUGUUGUUGAACCAGAAGGAGUGAAGAUUCUCAGAUUUUCCAGUCCUAUUUUUUAUGCUAAUAUAGAUGGAUUGAAAAGCAGCCUGAAAUCCACCGUGGGGUUUGAUGCAAUUCGCGUGCAUAACAAGAGGCUCAAAGCACUGAGGAUGAUACAGAAACUGAUCAAGAAGGGAAAAUUAAAAGCAACUAAGAAUGGCAUCAUCAGUGAUUCUGGGACUACCAAUGAAGCUUUUGAAUCUGAUGAAGAUCUUGAUGAUCCUGAAGAUCUUAAAAUUCCAACCAAAGAAGUAGAGAUCCAAGUGGACUGGAAUUCAGAACUCCCAGUCAAAGUGAAUGUCCCCAGAGUGCCUAUCCACAGUUUAAUUUUUGACUUUGGAGGUGUAUCAUUCUUGGAUGUUGUAGCCGUGAGGACAAUGAGAAUGAUAGUUAAAGAGUUCGAGAGAAUUGAUGUGACUGUAUACAUCGCAUCACAUCAAGACAACAUUAUAACAAAGCUGGAACAAUGUGGCUUCUUUGAUGAUAACAUCAGAAAAGACAUGUUCUUCCUGACUGUCCAUGAUGCUGUGCUUUACAUACAGCAUGAAAUGAUGCACAGGGACAUCCAGGAUCCUAUUUUUGAAAAGAUUUCACUGAUGCAGGAAUCUAAGGAACCAAUAGAUUUCUCAGAAACAGACAAGCUUGAUGAUGAACUUGAUGUUCAGGAGGAGGCCAUGCGCAGACUUGCUUCAUGAAGGAAAACUAUUACGAAUAUCUUGGACUCCAUGGCAAUAUUCAGGCACCAAUACUAUAUAAGCGUUUUCUGCACUGGGACUUGUCUUUGCACUUGAAGAAAACACUAAUUUCUUUGUCUGAACUCCGUAGAUCUCUAUAAAUCUCCAAAUUUUGUCUAUUGACAUGUAAUCCUUGAAACAAUCAAGUCUGAUCAGAAAAAUGUGUUCAUAGAAUCAGUGUUGGCAAGAUAUGGGAGGCAGAUCAUCAGAACUAUUACAGAAAUUGCAGCUAGUUUUAGGGUUUGUCAGUCUGUGUCUAUAACCCACUGGUAUAUCAAUGCAUAUAGGAAAAAAUAGCUUCUUUAUGGUAACUCGGCCCCAGGGGUUGAGGAGAUUGUAAGCUCUUCUUGGGGGCAGGAACUGUCUCUUAUGUAUUUGUAUUGUGCCUAGCACAAUGGAGCUCCAACCCUGAUGGGAGGCCUCAAGGUGCUACUGUAAUACAAAUAAUAAAUUCCUCACAAAAGAGAAGCAAUAGGUAGUAGCAGCCCUAGGCCCUGACCUGCAAAAGGAUCUGUAAUCCCAUGCAAUUAGUUUCCCAAGACGUUAACACGGCUGCAUUCAACAACACACGUCUUUAAAAUGUAUCUAUUAGUCAUUCAAAAUAAUUCCUGGGUUUGUUGCAGUAUUACAGUCUCAAUAUAAAAAAUCCCUUAUAUAACAGAAAUGGAGUACAGGUAAAAUGUAUUCACUCAAAACUGUUUACUAUAUUGCUGUAAAAUGUUAACCAUAUAUAUGGAUAAGGCUCAAUAAGAGGGACUAUUACUUAAGAGUCUUGAUUCUUUAGUGCUAUUUUUAGUAACUCAGGCACUCCUGGUUAAUAAUCAUUACUGAAAUUAAACCUAUAUAGAUUGAACAGUACCUUACGCUACAAAUAGUCCCAUUGAAGUUAAUGGAAUUUGUGGACUAGGCUGCUAUAAAACUGGAGUAAAGAUCUGACAAUAUCUAGUUUGGUUUUUGAAAUGGGAUUAUACAGUAUCAUUGGUUUAAUGAAGAAUUAUCUGCAUAAACUGUUUCAUUCUUUUAAUACUCUACAAACUGUUUCUAUUCUUUUGAAAGUACACAUUUUUUUAGAAGUUAUGCUACAAUCCCCUAGUGCAAUAAUUUACACAAAUUAAAGGAUUACAAGAAAACCUUUUUAACUUCUGUUUUUAAGGCUUUAUAUUGGCAAUGUAAGAAAUGAUUGUUCCCAUGUAAUGAUUAUAUGUUUAGAUGAAAAAUUACACAAAUUGUUCAUUAAAAAUUAAAUUAAAUUGUAAAUAAAUUAGUUUUAAAACUGAAAUUCCUUGUGGCAACUACCAAUAUACAAUGUUGAAAAAACAUGCCAUAAAAACCAUACGUAGUCCUUACAAUACAUAGGUUUCUAGAUUAGAUCACAUUUAUGUUCUAAACUUCGUGAUCAUUUUGGUAUCUUCACAUAUUAAAAUUACAGUGAAAUAAAAUUUGUAAUUAAAGUAUCACACAAAAUUUCGACCAACCACACACACAUUGCACACAGAAAAUUACCACCAUCACAACUGGCAUUAAUUGGCAGUCUCAGCUGGGAAGCCAAGCACUAAGUAGCACAGAUUAUAUCUCUAAGAACCUUGCCGAACCUCCAUUAAAGUCAGUUGAUAGACCCCCAGUGACUUCACCGAGAGUUGGAUUGGGCCUUUACCCAGAGAUAGUCCUUUUUCUGGCAGAGCUGAAACACUGGCAUAACAGUGUGAUGCUGUUGGAUAAACAAGGGGUUUUCAGGACAGUCAAAUAGGCUACUACUACUACUUUCAAAAGCACAAAGGGCUCAAUCCUGCAAGGUGUUGAGCGUUCUCAUCCAAUCCAGGAAAACACAAGCACAUACUUAAAUUUAAGCAUGAGUAGAGUCAAUGGGACUAUUCAAGUGCUUAGUGCUUCAUUGGGUCUGUUAGAGUGCUCGGCACCUUGCAGGACUGAUCUCCACAUUCACAAACUUGCUCAGAGCUUGACUCUGCUAUUCUUAUGUAUGUUGAUCUGAAAAUGGUGGCAGAAUUGAGUUUCAAAUAAACUGCCACUGAUGUCAAUGGAAGUGCUGUGUGUAGAACAAUGAAGGAUCAGGCCAAUUUCCCUCAGAAACAUUACUUCUCAUCAACUGCUGUCCAUUUUAUAUACCUUUAUAUAAAAGAAACUGUAAACACUUACAAACUACGGAAUAUUUUGAUUUAACAAUUUUCAAGUUAAAGCCAUUUGGGCUUUUAUUUUUCUGAGGAACAUGUAAUAAGGAAUAUCACGAAAUAAUAGAGUGGUACUGGUAGAACAUACUUGUCUUGCUAGAGAUCGGCCUUCACUCUGAAGUUUGAAUCCUGAUCCCAACUUUCCUCAAAUGUAAGUCGCUUUGGAUCCAGUAUUUUGGUUUGGCUCUGUCUCGCAUUUUUGCUGCCUGAGCAUUUAAGAAGAGUAAUAAUAAAAUACAAGGAUAUUUAAAAAUACA